UGGAAACAGCGCCAGAAACAAGAGCCGCCGCCGCGCCGCCGGAUCUGCGCUUUAAACUGCGGCUCGGCUCGCACUUUAGUUUGAUUCACACUUUAGUUUGAUUCACACUUUAGUUUGAUUCACACUUUCAUUCGGUUCACACUUCGGUUUGAUUAACUUUCCUCUCGGUGUAAGUGCUAAUGCUUUGAACGCUAAGCUAGCUGCGACCUGACAACAAGCUAGCCGGGGAGCUAGCCGGGGAGCUAGCCGGCGGCAGCCUCGCCCUCCCGGCGUGUCGGUGUGUGAAUGCCCGGCUGAGCGGAGAUGAGCUGCCCGGUGAGGCUGGAGGAGCUGCCGGGCCCGGUGCUGCUGGAGGUUUUCACCCCGGAGAAUGUGCGAGUCAGAGGCUCGGGGAACGCUCCGACCACGCUGACCUUCCCCAAGUCCAGAUCAGCGCUGUGGGACCCGGAGCCGACCGGCGACAGGCUCACCCUGCACCUGUGCUGCCGCAGGAAUCCCCGGGUGCUGCUGCUGGAGAAGGCUCUGCGUCUGGCCCAGCGUCACGCCCGGCAGAGCGACACGCCGCGCCUCAGCUGUUUCUUCCUGGGCUCGGUUGCCGUGGACGCAGAUGAGGAGGGCGUCACCGUGACCCUGGACCGCUUCGACCCGGGACGCCAGCCGCCCGGGGCUGCUGGGAAGGUUCCCUCCACUCGGGUGCCGGGAGACGUCGUGGUUCCCGUGCUGUUGGUGGCUCAGAGGGAGGCGGAGCCAGAUGCUGCCGUCCAAUCAGCAGCAGACCUGCGGACGUCCUUCAAGGUGUUGCAGCAGUGUGUGAGCAGCAGACAGGUGCUCCUGGACAUCAGUCAGCUGUUGGAGGUCAGAGGUCGUGUGAGCUGGCGGCAGCAGUUGGACUCGGUUGGUUUUGGCGUGAUGUGGUCGGCCGUGUGUCCGGCGCUCGCUCUGGAGGCGGAGCCUGUGCGCUCUCUUCCUGUCAUCCCUACGGCGUUGCUGCGCAGCCUGACCGGCCUGUCGGGCCGCGCCCAGCCGCUCGCCGCCACCCGCCACAGAGGCUUCCUGUCCAUGGAUGCGAGCAGGAAGCUGCUGCUGCUGCUGGAGUCGGACCCGAAGGCCUGCAGCCUGCCGCUGGUCGGGGUCUGGCUGAGCGGAGUCACGCACGUCUCCAACCCUCAGGUGUGGGCCUGGUGUCUGAGGUUCCUGUUCAGCUCCGCCCUCCAGGACAGGGUUCUGUCGGAGAGCGGCUGCUUCCUGCUGGUUCUGUUCAGCCUGACUCAGAGAGCGGCUCAGUUCUUCCAGUGUCGAUCGCCCGGAGGAGCAGGAGCAGGAGGAGCAGGAGGAGCAGGAGGAGGCGGAGCAGGAGGCGGAGCCCGGCCGCAGCUCCGCUACCAGCUGCUGAGCGGCCGCCAGUCCGCCUCGCUCUACCAGCAUGUGGAGGUGGCGGCCGGCCGGGCGGUGCACUGUGAGCUCAGCAGGGAGCGGAGUGGCCGGCAGACGCAGAUCUUCAGCGAGGCUCUGAGCUCCUUCAGCAGCGCCCCCCCACCUGCUGUGGGCGUGUCCAUCAGCGACCAGGACUCAGGUGUGGAGGACGAAGACCUUUCACCAAGACCGUCCCCCAACCCCCACCCCCACGCCCCCGCCCAGCAGGCCCGGCGGGUGCAGCCGUCAGUUCCAGAACUCUCCCUGCUGAUCGACGGCAGCUUCAUCGGCCAGCCCAACCGGAUUGGCUGGCAGGAUCUUAGCCCCGCCCACAGGCCUCCUCCAGCCUCUCCCUGCCUCCUCGCUGGCUCCUCCCCCAACCCAUCUGCCAGCAGGGAGUCUGCUCCUCCCUCCGCACACGCCUCCUCAUCCUCGUCUGCACCAAUCCCCCGGCACAGACGCCUCCACAGCACGCCCAACUCCCACCUGGACACGCCCUGCACCUGCUGCCCCGCCCACACCUGCUGCACCUCCAUCCUCUGCUCGCCCAGCCUCCGCUCUGCUCCUCCUCCUUCAUCACACCCUGCUCCUCCUCCUUCAUCACACCCUCCUCCUCCUCCUUCAUCACACCCUGCUCCUCCUCCUCCUUCAUCACACCCUGCUCCUCCUCCUCUUUCUUCAUCACACCCUGCUCCUCCUCCUCCCUCAUCACACCCUGCUCCUCCUCCUCCAUCCAGCCGUCCUGCUGCCUCUCCACCUGUCCACCCUGACCCUCUUCUCAUGUGCAGUCAUCAUCCUCCUCUUUCCUCACACCAUCCUCCUCCUCCUCCUCCUUCGUCACGCCACAUUCCUCCUCCUGUCUUAUCAGCUCCUCCUGCUCACUGUCCUCCACCUCUGUUUGGGCCGUGGGACAGUGACUCCACCCCUCCUCGCCCAGGUGGCUGUCACCUCCCACCUGUGUCCCACCUGCCUCACUGCAGCCCCGCCCGUCACCCAGCAGAUGAACCCGGCUCCUCCCACCCUCCUGCUCCUCUUCACAGCUCCCCCCCCUCGCCGGGUGGGUCGGGUGGGCCGUGGCGGCGGCGGUGCUGCGAGGCGGUCCUGCCGGCGGAUGCUUACCAGCUGCUGCUGCAGCAGGACCAGCAGCUCCGCCUCCUGCAGGAGCAGAUCCGGGUGCUGCUGGAGGCUCAGGGGAAACCUGCAGCGUCACACCUGCAGGCCGACGCCCACACAGACAGACGCACCGCCAGUGUUGCCGUGGGAACAGGGGCCAGUUUGUUCUGGGGGGCUUCCAUCCCCCCCCGCCCGACUCACGAGCCUCAACAGGACGUCCCACCCUCCUUCACCUGCACCCCCUCUGUCCCCAGACCGCCCCCCUCCUCCUGCAGCCCCUCCUCCUCCUCCUCCUCGUCACACGGCAGCCACCCCAUCAGGCCGGUGGGCGGAGCCGAGGACGAUGACAUCAGAGGUCAGCAGCCCCCCCUCAGCCCCCCCAGCGGCCUGCAGAGCCCCGUGCUGGGAGAGAGCGCCAGCCUGCUGGAGCCGCCGGACCACCAGAGCAACUUCUACCAGGACCUGCUGGGUCAGGUGACCAGCCGCCUGCAGGCCUCAGAGAGCGAGGAGCGGUGGGCGGGCGAGGAGUCGGGGGGCGGCGCCGAGCCUCCGGACGCUCCCGGCUCCUCGCCGUCCCGCAGGAGGAGGCGGAGCCGCGGAGACUCGGUGCUGGACGCCACGCUGCGGCGCCUCAGGCAGCUGGGCGUCGACGUGACGGCAGAGCAGAGCCUGGACAGGGCCGCGCACCUCGCCGUGGAGAACGCCAGCACCCUGGCUCGUGUCGAUCCGGCGGCGGUUGUUCCUCGCCUCCGUCCGGCCGAGCCCCCGGCCAGCAGCUCCUUCAGCGGCGUGGAUCUGAGCCUGGAGGCCAACGCCAUCGCCCUGCGCUACCUGAGCGACUCGCAGCUGCGCCGGCUGUCGGCGGGGGGGCGCUCCUCCUCGUUGGACGCCGUCGCCUCGCCCAGCAACAUGUCGCUGGCCACCCGCAGGUACAUGAGGAGGUACGGCCUGAUCGAGGAGGAGGAGGAGGAGGAGGAAGAGGAGGAGGAGAGAGCCGCUGUUCCCGAGCCCGGCCGUCGCCCGCCGCUGUCUGAAGGCUUAAACAUGAAGCUCCUCCCACAGAGUCAGCUGAUCCAGGACCUGCGGCCCAAGAUGCAGCUGCUGGCCGCCGGCGGCAACAAGGAGAACGAGGGCGGGCGGCGGCCAGGUUCAGACGCCGCGAGCAGCCGGGACACACAAGGCUCGCUGGGAAACUUCCUGGACCUGAGCCGACUGAGACAGCUGCCCAAACUCUUCUGAGAGAGUGUGUGUGUGUGUGUGUGUGUGUGUGUGUGUGUCUGUGUGUGUGUGUGUGUGUGUGUGUGUGUGUGUGUAAGACACCACUAGAGGUCAGUCUGCUGACUGAUGUUUACAUUCUGACUUUUAUCUCAUGACCACCCAAUACUUUUAUCUGUGUGUGUGUGUGUGUGUGUGUGUGUGUGUGUGUGUGCUGUAGUGUCUCUUUGUCAUUUUAGUGUUUAUUAAUGCCUUUUAAUAGUGUUUUAUAUUUAUGAUUUCCCAAAUAAAUACUACAAUUCA